UCCGCCCGCACCGCGCCGCGCCGCCACUAGACGCUCCCCCCCGCCGCCAAACUCCCACCAUCUUCUGCAUGUGCAAGCAUCGCAGCCGGACACAAACCGCUCCCCGGCGAUGGAGACUGCGGGAAAAAGCCGGUGCGGCGGGAUGGCUUGCUGAAACGGCGGGGAGAGAGGCUGAGAGCGAGCGGCGGAGGAUAGCGAGCAAAUACUAAGACAAAACAAAAGAAAAAAAAAUCCGGAAAAAAAAAGAAAAAAAAAAAAAAAAAAAAAGAAAGGAGGAAACCUCCCUUUCCUUUUUUUUUUAUUUUUUUUUUUUUAUUUUAAAUUCUUGGUUUUGUUUGUAGCCACCUCGUCCUCAAUGCCUCUCUGAGCAGCAUCUAGCGAGCGGGAGAAGGCGAGAGAGAGAGGCAAAAGAGAAGAUGAGGAUAAUUUGCAGACAGCUUGUCUUGUUGUUUUCUGGCUUUUGGGGACUAGCAAUGGGAGCAUUUCCUAGCAGUGUGCAAAUAGGUGGUCUCUUCAUCAGGAACACAGAUCAGGAAUAUACUGCUUUUCGAUUAGCAAUUUUUCUUCAUAACACCAGCCCCAAUGCAUCUGAAGCACCUUUUAAUUUGGUUCCUCAUGUAGACAACAUUGAAACAGCUAACAGCUUCGCUGUAACAAAUGCCUUUUGCUCCCAGUAUUCUAGAGGAGUUUUUGCCAUUUUUGGACUAUAUGAUAAGAGAUCAGUACAUACCUUGACCUCAUUCUGCAGCGCCUUGCACAUCUCCCUCAUCACGCCAAGUUUCCCCACGGAAGGUGAGAGUCAGUUUGUGCUGCAGCUGCGGCCAUCUCUGCGAGGAGCCCUCUUGAGCUUGCUGGAUCACUAUGAAUGGAAUCGCUUUGUCUUCCUGUAUGACACAGAUCGAGGUUAUUCAAUACUUCAAGCAAUUAUGGAAAAAGCAGGACAAAAUAGCUGGCAAGUCAGUGCCAUCUGUGUGGAGAAUUUUAAUGAUGCCAGCUACAGGAGGCUUUUAGAAGAUCUGGACCGAAGACAAGAGAAGAAAUUUGUAAUAGACUGUGAAAUAGAGAGGCUUCAGAAUCUCUUAGAGCAGAUUGUGAGCGUGGGAAAGCAUGUUAAAGGAUACCAUUACAUUGUUGCCAACCUGGGAUUCAAAGAUAUUUCUCUGGAGAGGUUUAUGCAUGGAGGAGCUAAUGUGACUGGAUUUCAGCUGGUAGAUUUCAGUACACCAAUGGUAACUAAACUGAUGCAACGCUGGAAGAAGCUGGACCAGAGAGAAUACCCAGGAUCUGAGACCCCACCAAAGUAUACAUCUGCAUUAACAUAUGAUGGAGUACUUGUGAUGGCUGAAACUUUCCGUAAUCUUAGAAGACAGAAAAUUGAUAUUUCAAGAAGAGGAAAUGCUGGUGAUUGUCUUGCUAACCCUGCUGCCCCAUGGGGUCAAGGAAUUGAUAUGGAGAGGACAUUAAAACAGGUUCGAAUACAAGGAUUGACAGGAAAUGUUCAGUUUGAUCACUAUGGUCGCAGAGUCAACUAUACGAUGGAUGUCUUUGAGCUGAAAAACACAGGCCCCCGGAAGGUUGGUUACUGGAAUGACAUGGAUAAAUUAGUUCUGAUUCAGCAUGAACCUACACUUGGAAAUGACACGUCAGCCAUUGAGAAUAGAACAGUAGUUGUCACUACGAUUUUGCCUCUGAUGAAGAAUCCUAUUUUAAGAAAUUGAUCGAGGAAGAAAAGAGUCCCAAGAUGCUGCGAACAUUCCUAACUAAGGCUCAAGUAUUAACCACCAGUCUAGUAGCAUUGAGCUAAUUUUUCCAUAUGGAUUACUGUUCCUCUGACUGGAUGACCAGGCACUGAACCACCAAGAAAAGUUCUGUGACUAAUCUGAAAUAUCUAGAACAGAUGACGUUAUCCUUCAACUUUGCCAAGCUGAGAAGAGAACGAUGUGAAUAACAAGCUUUCAGUCGAAAUUUUCCUCUCUUACCAAUCCUGAGACCUUUGACUGAAGCUACUAUACAUGAGUACUGUAAUUUCCAUAAAUAGCUCCAAGCUUAGGAGAAACGAGUAAAAAAGUAAUAAUGAAAAGUAAAAUAAAAGGUUCCUGUUUGCCAGAAAGGAAGAAAAAAAAAAAAAAAAAAAAAGAAAAGAAAAAAGAAAACAAGAAAACUUUUAAAAUGUGUUAUCUUGCCUGUCCUGUUUGCAUUGAAGCAUUUUGAUGUGCAUAAUAAAUGUUAUCUUCAAAAGAACUUUUCCGUCCCUGUAUUGAAAGGACUGGUGGGAUCAUUUUCAAAACCAAAAAGCUGAAUUAAUAUUCCAAAGCAUGCCCUGUGUUUAUGCAGCAUGUCAUUUUGGGAUAAAUACAAUUAUCUGAAAGCAACACUGCUUCUUGACCAAAAGUGUCCCCUUUCAAUGUUUUGAAAUCACAGUGCAAGAGAAAUAUAUCAGAAUUUGGUUUGGAUAAGAAUAUAUGGCGAAUUCUGCCUUAAGGUAGUCAUACAUAUCUCCCAUUGUCCAAACUGGGAGCUGCCCACAUGAUUCUGAAGGCAGAUUACAGCCAUGAUUCUUAAUAUUGGCCUGCCAGGGCAAUGGAUUUAGCAUUCAGAAGCAUGAUCAGACACACAUACACACACACAGAUAUAUUUAACUAGUGUAACUUUCAGAACACUAUUUUUCUCUUCUCUGUACUAUAGUCAUGUUGCAAAUGCCAGACAGAGUUUUUGACCUCUUCACUGCCCUCUUCACAUUGAAGGGAAGUUGAACCUUUUUAAAUGACAUGUAAUUUUGGUUGCAUGCAUAUUUUCCAACAUCAAACUGAAAAGCUUCUGCAGCCAGUGCUGUCAGGCUUUUCAGGCUUCAAAGACAGGUGUCAAGACAGAGUAAGAAAACUUCACAAGUUUUCAGCAUGGCUCACUUUAAUUUUUGCCUGAAGCCAAAUAGCACAAGCUGGUUUGCCUGCUCUUUCUUCAGUUUUUAUGUAUCUAUGCUUACUUUGCUGUAAUGUGGCUGUAUGGCUGUUGCAUUAUAAAGAAUUAGCUCUGCACUCAAAGAACCUAAUACAGUGUUUUCUACUUGGUAAAAUGUUAUCUUCAUUUGUAAAGCAGUGAGAGCAUGUAGAAUACAUUUUACAACUUUGGUUUAGCACUUAGGCACUCAUCCUACCUCCAGCUAGCAAGUGGUGAAGGUGCAGCUCAGUGAAAGGAGGCAGCAUGGGCAGCUGUCAUGCAUUAAUAUACCAGCUGCCACAUAGACCUGGCUUUUAUAGCUCCUGGGAGAGCCCUGUGUCCUGCACUUCAUCUGAUGUGCAUCCUUCUGCACGUCUGGGCCUCUCAGAAAGGGCAGAUGCUCUACCUAUGUGCAGAAGUGUUCCUCCCAGAGGCCCCAGCUUGGUGCACUGUAGGCUCUUUAUAUAACUGGAGAAGAAACACUGUGUGCAACCCUCCUCUAACAGUAAGGCAAAUAGUGGGUUAUCCAUCUGAGAAAAGUGAUUGUUGCAUUUUAGCAAGUUGAGAAAUACAGUGGCAAGAUGUUGAAUAUAGGGGAGUAGGCUGAGAUGACUCCUCCAAACUCUAAUCCAUUUCAUGAUAUAGACAACUCUGUACCUACUCUCAGACUGCAAAACCUAAAGUUUGUAAAAAUCCUUUAGAACUAAAGCUUUGACAUACAGUGAUCUGUAUCUGCAUUGUGGCUUGCAGCUUAGUAUUUUAAUAAGAUAUUCUUGGUGUUUGUUGGCAGACUAAGCUUCAAAGGCACGAUCCCAUUCAAGACUGUGUCACCUAAAAGUAGAUUUCUUUACAGAGGGUCUUGAUCCUGUUGCCCGCUUAAAAGUACCCAGUGACAUAUACUAGUAUAUACUGCAUACCCAUUGCUAACACCAGCAGAAUGACACUUUCUUGCCUGUUUUAUGCUAUAUAUGCCCAAUCCAUGUGGAUAUCUCAGCUAUUGUAUGUUGUUUCACAACAUACAGUUAUUCCCCAAGUGUGUAAGCAUUCACCAAAGUCAAAGAUUUAGAAAUUGAUUCAGUUAUCCAUAGUUAGAUGAAUAGCACUGAGGAUAACAAAGCCAUCCAGAAAGAGGUAGCGGAAGGGACCUGCAGAAUGCCACUUGGAGGUCAAGCAAGCUACCUUAGGGCACCUAAGAUGACAGACAGCCCCAUUAGAUGACUAAAUAUCACACUUUGUUUUGACUGAUAUACACUUGCCCAAGUCUUACCUCAAAAAUUCUAACUUUGACUUUCUUUUUCAUAAUAGAAAAAAUAUUUUCUUUCAGUAAAAAAUGUAUUGAUUACAUUCUUUAGUAGAUUGGCGAGAGAAAAAAAAAAAAAAAAAAAAAAAAGUUUGUUGCAUGACAAUAAUAAAGAUUUCAAACCGAAUCCUGGACACUUUAUUCAGAAAAAAAAAAAAAAAAAAAAAAAAAAAAAAAAAAAA